AUGGUGCUGGAGAUCAAGGGUUUCCACGUACUUCCGGUACAGUUUGGUGGGACUAUCAACAAACAGAAACCGCAUUAUUUAUAUUUCAAGAAACACGAAGGGUCACAGAGUGAUGGAAGAUCGUUAUUUUUGUUCAACUUGCCAAUAGAAACCAACUUUAAUGUCUUAAAAAAAUUCUUCCAGACGGUAGCUUUGGGUGCUACUGUGGAGGCAUAUAUUUCCAGCAAACUAACCGACUCCUUGGAGGAUGUGUGGCUUGAUAUGACCCAGCUCACUUCGGGAAUAGAAAUAAGUGUCAGUGAAGACGAUGAGCUGCGAGCGAAGUUACCGAGAAAUUGUGGUAUAAUUCGUUUUGUAGAUAAGCUGGCGUUCUCGCUUGCAUUCUCAGAGCUCAAGAAACGCUGUUCGUCUCAGGAGAAGAUAACAUGGCCCUUGGAAGAACCGAUGGGAUCUCAGUUUCUCUUGAACAAGUAUCGCAGCCGAUUUUUGGAUCCUCAAGAACUCUCGGAUUCGGUAUCACAGGCACUUGUACAAUUUGAUGAAGCUGAGCGAGAGUCUAUGGAACAAUUACAGCAACAAGCGCUGUUGGUGGAUGAGGAUGGGUUCACCAUGGUGGUUGGAUCGCACCGCAAAACUAAAGCAGGUAUAAUGGGGCGCCAGAAAUUGGCGUCUACCGUUGAGGUUGACAAGGCGCUGGCCAAGUUAAAAAAGAAAGAAAAAGAAGACUUCUAUCGGUUCCAGUUACGAGAGAAAAAGAAACAAGAAAUGAACGAUUUGCUCAGCAAAUUCAAGCAGGAUCAGGAACGUGUACGGUUGAUGAGGGAGAAGAAACGGUUUAGACCAUAUUAG